CUAAAGACACAAGAAAGCUCUGCGCUACGGUUUAUCAAAAGCUGACUUUUAUCGGGAUGUCAUUUACAAACUUCCUUACGCAACUAUUUGGUGUUCAGUUCUUUACAGUCAGAUUCUUUGACUGUGUCUGACGAACGGGGUAGAUGGAAAACUUCUUGAUAAGCACUUCUAAAGCUUUGAUAGUCGUCUGGCCUAUUUCGUCGGGCCUUAAUGAUUAUUCUCUUUUGCUCUGUUUGCUACAAAGACACGGAGCACAUGUGUAUAUGGCUCUUUAAGUUUUCCUUUAUAUACACUUAUACACGAGAUCUCAAAUUCCAAGAGAUAGAGUGUUUUACUUCGGGACAACCGAAAUUCCACUCAAGAAUACAUUAUGUGAGCGUGUUUUUUUUUGGACGGGACUUGAAAAUAUCUUCCAGAUAGCCGGAAUUGGAGACAAGCGAGUUUGAGGUACUUAUGGGAUGGUACAUUUUAUAAAAACGACGCAUAUGCCAAUAAAGGAGUUUUGUACAGAAACAAGCCCCCCUGCUGUGUAUACCAUAUGUACGUGGGAAGUAAAGAAAGACGAUGUAAUUCCGGGUGAAAUACACAGAACAGGGCAAUGGGAGCCGCACGUAACACAAAAACUUUACUAUAUUCUAAAACAAGAUAGCCAUAUAACAUUUAUUGAUAUCGGUGCUAACAUUGGUUAUUUUAGUUUACUCGCUGCUUCAGUAGGGCAAGCAGUGGUAUCAGUGGAGCCCUGGACUCAGAAUAUAGAAAAGUUACGGAAUUCCAUUCAAAAGAACAAAUUUGAAGACAAAAUUACUAUUUUGAAUAACGCUGUUUCAAAUGAUCGGCGAGUGAUACAUAUUCAUAGACCAUAUAAGUAUAACCCAGGUGCCACAAGAUUGUUGUCUGAUGCGACAGUGACAGGUCCCAACGUUUUCUCAGCUGCAACAAUUACCUUAAACGAUCUAGCGAACUACAGCCAUACUAAAGAUAUCGUCAUUAAAAUAGACAUAGAAGGAAACGAAUGCAGAGCACUUGAGAAGUCGAACGAAAUAUUUGAUAAAUUCAAUGUUUUAUUCAUAUCUAUGGAAUGGGUUGUGAUGAGGAUGUUUGAAAAUGAAACUGGUACCCCUUGUCCACGAGAAAAUAUAGACCAGAUGGUGAAAAUGUUGACGAAACGCAACUUUGAACCUUUCAGCUUUUUAAAUGAUGUACCACUGAAUCCAAAAAAAUAUGAAGAAUGGAAAGAAACUGAGUUAUACUGGAAACCAAGGAAUGCAGCACGUUAAAAACAAUGUUAAAAUACAAGGGAACAGCUCUUGCAUUUAUAGUUUUUAAUAUGUUUGAUAAACAAUUCCUUGUUUUCAAAAUCAGAUUUAAAUUGUCAUAAACAGCUUACCAUGAACAUUAAGUGCAGAGUUAUGGUAAUUUUGCGACAUGUUAUGAAACUGUUUGAUUCAUUUUAACACAAAGAAAAUGUAUUUUAUUUGUUUUACCUGCGUUACCAAAACAUUUUGGGAUUGCAGAACGAACUAGAUGUGUAUCCAUAGGACUCUCGGUGAAAUAUUUUAAGAUAUAUGCAACGCAACUUUUAAGCAUUAAAUUUUGUCAAGGACCAUAAGUCUUGUCUGGCUGUGUGAAAUUCCAAACGGAACACCAGGUGCACAACUUCACAUGCUAUCUAACAACCCUUCAAUGUUUUAUUACUCUAGGUCAAGUACUUUUUGAUAUACAUGGAAAACAAUCUUUUAUGCGUAUUUUUGACUAAGACAUAGGUCAUUACUUGGUCAGGUCAAUAAAUUGGGCUUGUGACACAGGGGAAUAAUAAGUUUCUCUGAAACAAAGGGUCAUAACUUGUAUCCCCAAAGGAGAUAAAGAUAAGAGUUUUAUUAAAAGUUUGAGACCAAUAUCUCUACUUAAUGUAUCAUAUAAGAUUGCUUCUGCAAGUAUCGCGCAUCGCCUUAAGUCAGUAUUACAUAAAAUAAUCAGUGAAGACCAAACCUGGUUUCUACCAGGAAGAUAUAUAGGAGAUAACAUUCGACUUACUUAUGAUGUUAUGCAUUCCUAAGAACAAAUUUAAAUACCAGGAAUGCUAUUGUUAAUUGAUUUUGCAACUGUCUUUGACUCCCUUUCAUGAUCAUUUAUGUAUAAAUUGUUGACUUUUUCUUAACUUUGUUGAAUACCUUAUACAUUGUAUAAGAGUGUUCUACUGUGAUAUACAACCUUGUAUUACUAUAAAUGGUCACCUUUAA